AUGGUUUCUACAAUUAUAAAAGUUCUAAUAUCACCAGCAACAAUAACAUACUUAAUAACAAAAACAAUUUUCAUAAAUACAUUAUAUUUACCAAUUCUAUAUUUAUUUUCAAUAUGUAUCUAUAUUCCAUUAUUCAAAUUACCAUUUUUAAUUCCAUUAAGAUACUUAUUAGAAUUGGAACAACCUCAAACAAAAUAUUCAAUUGAAAGGUUUCCAAUAGUUUUAGAAAAUCAUUCAUUGAACUGGUUAAUGUCACAAUUUAAUCUAUUUGCUAUAACAAGUUUUCAUUUUGUUUUAACUUCAAUUUAUAUUGGUUUAGGUGUGGGGAUAAUAAUGGGAUUUCAAUUAAGUUUUAUUUCUUGGUUUUUCACUUUGGAUUUAAGUGGUGGUAGUGAAGGUGUUGUUAUUAAAGAUUCUGUGCCUAUUAAAAGGGAAAAAAUUACAAAUAUAUGGGAUCAAAAACCUAUUCCACAGAUUAAACAGGAAAAAGAAGCAUCAAUCAAAAAGGAGCAAUUUAUAAAAAAGGAAGAAGAUAAUAAAUCAAAAUUGAAGGGAAAAAUAUUCCAACAACAACAACCCCAAUCACAACAAAGAAUACUAAAGACUGAAAAUAACUCUCAAAAUCAAAAUUAUUUUGGUAAUGAUGAUGAUGAAGAAAUAUAUAUUUAUCCAACUCCAAAAUCAGAUUUCGAAUUAAAUUCAAAUAAUCUUUUAUCAACUUUACGUAAUAGAAAAUUACAUCAAUCUCAACAACAACAAUUAUUACAACAACAAAUCCAACAACAGCAAGCACUCCAGCAACAACAAGCAUUGCAACAACAACAACUACUACAACAACAAUUAAAUAAAGUCCAAACUUCACUAUCACAAGGUAAAAAAAUCAGUCAAACAAAUGUAAUGCAACCUUCUCGUUUUGAAGAAACUUCAAGUAGUUCAGGUAAUGAUAUAGAUAUUGUAGAUGUAGAUGAUGCCGAGGAUGAAGAAAUUGAACGAGAAAAUCAUAAUUUAGAAUCAGUUCAAGAAGAAGAAUCUUCUGAAACUCAAGAUUAUGAUAAUGAAGAAGAAGAAGAAGAUUUUACAAGAGAAUUAUCGAGUGAUGUUGAUGAUCGAUCUCAUGGUGAUGUUAAUGAUUCUACUAAGUUGACUAGUUUUGGAUUAAGUGAAAUUAAUGAAGAAAGUGAAUAA